CUUCUCCCCUUCGCGAUGAAGCACAAUUCCAUAAGCAUUCACGACCUGGACUGGGACGAAGACGAGGACUGUAUCGGUAACGAAAGGCUCGACCACGAUGAAUGGCUCGGUAGAUGAGUCCGUGUUGGACUGCCAGGGGGAGGAUCAUUCGCCCAGGUUUUCAAGGCCAAAUGGGAAGAUCGGAUAGUCGCCGUCAAGAAGGCGAAACGGGAGUUGAUAGCGCAGCUCGGAAAAGAUGUACUGUCCGCAUCGCACAUGCCAUUGGCAUCGUUGGCAUCCCAAUCACUGCACGUGUGGAUCUUUUGUCGUGCAGGGUCUAACCGACAAAGUGAUGAUGGAGGCGGACAUGCUGGCCCGCUUACAGCAUCCACACGUCGCAAAGCUGCUGGGAGUGUGUUUCGACAAGAAGAUCCCCUUCAUCGUGCUGGGUGAGUUAAGCAAGCCCGAGCACAGUUUGAUGCUGUGGUGCGGUUUCAAUGCAGAGUUUUAUGUCGAUUCACUUCGCGACUGCCUCAGAAAGCUACGCCAACGAGCAGGAGGACUCCCCGAGCACUUGCAGGAUAAAUACGCUAAGCAGGUGAGGCGAGGCUGCACACCCAUGGCUCGGCCACUUUGCUGUUUGUGUCUGUGUGUGUGUGUGUGUGUGUGUGUGCGUCAGAUCUGUGAGGGUUUGAUUCAUGCUCACAGUCUCGGCAUCGGCCAUCGCGACCUCAAGCCCGAAAACAUACUUGUGAGCGACAAAGAAGGCCCCGCAUAAACUUGUAUGUGUAUCCAUGUCUUAUUCCUGUCUGCAGCUCGAUGAUGAUGGCAACGUGAAGCUGUCCGACUUCGGCCUUGCUUGGGAGAUGCCAGACGAAGCCACGCACAAAAGCGUUCUGGAGUUUGGUAAGAGGACGUUUCAAUGCCCGUCCUUCAAUCAGAUCGCAGCAUGUUUGCAUGAGUGAAUGCAGCGGGCACUCCCAUCUAUGCACCUCCCGAGGCCUAUGCAAAGAGUCAGCACAGCACAGCACAGGACGGACAGGCGUCUUCGUUUGUGUCUCCUCGUUUUUGCAGGGCCCAAGUUGGAGCUCAAGUCAGAUAUCUGGCCUGUCGGGUGCAUCCUGGCAGAGAUAUUCGGCGGUGAGCAAGACACGCCUUCAGUCUAGCAUCGAAUCCAUCAAGGCUGUGUCUGGCCUUUAGGUUCUGCGCCUUUUCUCAACCUCAACAAGUGGGAAUUUAGAGAAAUGAUAUACGAGAACAAAGAAGUACGCACCACCAUGGAUAGAUCGGCGAAUGUAUAGGCAGGCACGUGUCUCUGUGUCGGACAGAUACCUCCCGUCCCCGAGAGUGCCCCCGUCAAUGUCAAACAGGCCAUCCAAGUAAGACAGAGCUUUAUGGUGUGAGUGCAAUUCGUAUGCUCGCAUGGCCCGCUCCUCAGAGUUGCUUCGCCUUCAGUCCACGAGAUCGCCCGACUGCAAAAGAGGUGACGUACCCUGCGUGUGUCUUUGCCUUUGUGAAUAUGACGCGAUACACAUGAUACAAUCAGCUUUUGGACAAACUCAACAAGCGAGGUCGCGCAGGUGACGCCUGAAACCGACACUAAGAGAGGGACAUGAUCAAUUCGUGUCUGGUGUGUAUGUGUACCAUGGCAGUGACACCCGACCCGCGAUCAAGCCACGCACUCGGUGGGUGGCGCCUCCAACAAAGGGGACGAUCGACGGCUUGCACGCAGCCACCUAUGAGUAUCUGUUCAUGCAGUCACACCCUCGCCAGACCCCGUGCCCGUCUCGCCCUCAGCACCCGACACCCCACCAGCUCCACCAGAGCCAGAGAUCGAACAUGUACACACAUAAACAGAGGCCGUCGGAUAUAGGCCUCCUUACUGAUAUCAGGGUGACAUCUUCGAGGCCGUCCAGGCCGGCGAUUUGCAGUCGGUCAGGGCAAUACUGAAUCGAGAUGGCAAGGACGUUCUGGCUUUGACAGACUACAAAUCUGGCUUCGGCUUCUUCGGCGAGGUAUGCGAUCGUGGAGACGACAGAAAUGCACUCAGUGGUCCGUGUCUUCUCAUAUCUGCGCAGAGGACACCUUUCCUUGCGGCGGCUGAGAACGGUCAUUUGGAUGUCAUGUCGCUGAUGUAUGAGAAGAAGCGAGACAUUGUGAGUCAAAGAGUCGAGCCACACGGUGUGACUGCUCUGCUCCUGGCUGCCAAAGAUGGCCGUAUUGCGGUGACGGAAAAGCUGCUGGAGUGGGAUCCGAAGCUGAUCGACACCCCAGCAGAGGUGAGAGAUGCAUAAUGAUGCGUAAGAAAGGUGAGAGGGCACGUAUCACUGCGUUGAUUCCAUCGUUGGUUAAAGGGUGACCAGACAGUUCCGAGUCCAUUCAUCGUGGCUGCCGCGUUUGGUCACGUGGGCGUUAUGACAGUUCUGUAUGAGAGCAAACGUGACAUACUGCAGCAAACAGACAAGGUACUUCCACAACCAAACCACCUCUGUGCUGCUAGUGGUGAUGAUGAGGAGAUGUGUGUCGGCUUUGGUGACUGUGAUGGAAUGCAAUAGGAUGGUUGGAAUGCCUUGCACGUGGCUGUCAAGAUGGGCCAUGUUGCGGCGGUCAAUCAGCUGCUGGAGUGGGAUCCCAAGCUGAUCGAUGAGCAGGACAAGGUCAGAGCACACAUGUCUUCGAUGCUCUAUUGUGUCGAUUUUCUGUGUCGAUUGCAGGAAGGUAACACGCCGCUUAUCCUCGCGUCCCAGGGAUGUCGUGUUGACGAGCUGAUCGCCAUGGUUUCCAAGACAGGAAGGGACAUUAUCAAACAGAAGGACAAUGUGAGAGGCAAAAGCUGGAGACAAACAGACUGCCUCUCAUCUGUUUGAUUACCUUUCCGUGUGUCUUGCAUGACACACACAAGGAUGGGGACACAGCGCUUCACCAUGCAGCACGCAAAGGGGAUAUCGCAGCUGUGGCUCAACUGUGAGGGCGGACAGACACCGAUGAAUGAGGUGAACAUUACCUCAUCUCUCUCUCGGUCUGCACUUAGGUUGGAGUGGCGCCCUGAGCUCCUUGCUGUGCGCAACACAGUAAUGGAGCAAAUGUGUCUGUGGCGCCUCUUUGUAUGGCCUGCUGGUGGUGAGUGCAUGCAGUGGGAUAGAAGUGCCCUGCACGUGGCUGCCAGGAAUGGCAAUGCUGAAGUCGUAAAUGAGUUGCUGAAGUGGGAUUCCACUGUCAAUCAUUCCAGAUUGCUCGAUGCGCACGACAAGGUGACAGAACACACAUUUCUUUGAUGCUCUAUUGUGUCAACUGUGUCUGUAUCGAUUGAUAGUUCGGAAGGACGCCGUUCAUCUGGGCUGCAUUCAACGGUCAUGUUGCUGCGAUGAACUCCCUGUAUGCCAAAGGGAAGAUAGACAUUCUCACGCAGCAGAGUAAGGUGACUGGAAGUCACGCAAAACGUCUCUCCUCACGCCUCUCAUCUGUUUCAUUGCCUUUUCUUUCUUUCUUUCCUUCUUUCUUCCUUUGGUCAGGCCACUGGCAUGACGGUGAGAAAUCUCAGAGAGAGAGAGAUGUGUCCGACUUGUCCGAUGUGGAUGAGGCACACAGGCUGGAUACACGGCACUACACUGGGCUUCAUUUGAGGGCCAUGUUGGAGCUGUAAAGCAGCUGUGAGAGAACAAACUAAUGGUGCGAAUUUUCGUCUAAAUAUUGCCUCCCUUUCUCUGCACUCAGAUUGGAGUGGGGUCCUGAGCUGCUCGACGCACGCUGCAACGUGACGGAGCAAAUAUGUCUGGAACGCCGCUUUGUGGCGACUGUGUGUGUGUGCGUGUGUGUGCGUGUGUGUGCGAAUUUCAGGAUGGUGGCACACCAUUCAUCGAGGCUGCCACCGAGGGUCAUGUUGAUGUGAUGAAAGCUAUGUAUGCCGUUAAAAGGAGAAGACCUUCUUUUGCAGCAGAACUAUGUGAGAGACACACGCGGGAUACAGAACACUGUUUGACUGGCUUUUCUUGUGCAUGACACACAGGGUGGGUCGACGGCGCUCCAUUAUGCUGUAUCCCAUGGUCGCUCUGAAGCUGUGGCUCAGCUGUGAGAGACACAGACGAAUGACUCAAAUAUUAUCUCGUUCAUUUACUUUCUGUCCCCGUUUCCAGGCUGCAAUGGGGUGCGGAGCUCGAAAUCGAAAACGAAGCGGUGACUACGUGGACACAUCAAAAGGGAUCAAUUGUCUGGUCUAUCUUGGAACAGGGCCACUGUCCGUGGGAUCUCAGCGAGGGAAAGCCUGAGAUUCGUGAGCUGAUGAAGAAGUAUAGGAGACCAGCGAAAACCGCGCCGCAGGUCAGAGCCGUAUGACGCUGAGAUGCCGCCCUUCGUCAACGUGCUGUUGUGUUGACUGACCAGCCUGACAUCUUCAUCGCCAUCAAGGCCGGCGACGUAAGGUCUGUAACUGAGAUGAUCACUCACCAGGGGAAGUCGAUACUCGAGAAACGAAACGGCAUGGGGGUAUGCAGCCUGAUUACCCACUCGUUUAACAACAAGGCUUCAAUCGCGUGUAUCUCAUUUCUGCAGUUCACGCCGUUCCUUUGGGCGAUGCUUAAAGGGCAGGAAGAAAGUCGUCUUGGGCUCAUGUCGGUCAUGUAUGAGAGCUACGGCCCGUCGCUUCUGCUACAGGCCAUCACUUGGGUACAAUCACAGCCAUGUGAGCGAGGAGGUUUUCAAUUUGUACGGCUGUGUUGGGAUGCAGCUCGGAAUAACUGCUUUGCACGCAGCUGCUUCUGAUGGCAAGCUUGAGAUGGUCAGUCAGCUGCUCAAGUGGGGCGGGGCUCCAUUGCUUCAUGCGCGCGACAAGGUGCGAGUUUCCGAAGACACUUGUAGUGUAUUUGAAGUCUUUUCGUGUCGACUGUAUCCAUGUCGAUUGAGGAUGGAACCACGCCACUCAUCGCAGCUGCCGAGGGUCACCAUGUUGAGGUCGUAAAUGAGCUGCUGAAAUGGGAUUGCAAGUCGCUCGAUGCGCAAGGCAAGGUGAGAGAGAACACACAUUUUUUCGAUCCUCUAUUGUGUGCCUGUGUGUGUUGAUUGCAGGAAGGCAUGACGCCAUUCAUAUGGGCCGCCGCGGGCGGGAGUCCCGAUAUGAUGAAGGCCAUGCAUGCGAUCAAAGGAGAGGACCUGCUGACACAGACGGACAACGUGAGGCACAUAUUUCAUGACGAAGGGAGUGCGCUUUAUAUGCUUGACUUGUCAGGAAGGAAACGCGGCCCUGCAUCAUGCUGUGAUGACUGUCGGUGAAAUGAUUCGCAGUCCUGCAGCUGUCCUUCAGCUGUAAGAGAAUGAACCAUGAACACAUCAUCCACUCUCUCUCUCUCUCUCCCUCUCUGUGGCUCUUUCUGCUUUUCUCAGAAUGGAAUGGGGCGGCUCUGCUCUCCUCGACGUCAAAAACAACGAUGUAAGUGCAGCCACGUCUGGGCUCCAUCGAUAGUUGACUAGUGCUUCUGCUGUUUAUCAGGGAAGACGCCUUGGGACUUCGCUGCGGAAGAUGCGGAAGCCGCCUCCUUUUCACAGAAACAAGUCAGAGACCUCAUGGACAGAGGUCUGUACGAGACACCAACAUGUUUGGGCGCUAGCACAUGCAGUCACAUUUGUGCUGCCUUCAGUCCGGAAAGGGUACGUCAUUCACCGAUUUCGCUUCCCUCUGCCAAGUGCGGGUGUGCUCGGAUCCUCUAAGGUGUGCCUUGCGGGCUCGUGGGAUAACUGGGAGACCACAGAGGGGAUGGAGUUCUCUGAAGCUGACCGCGCCUUUGUCCUUCCCCUGAUACUCCCCCGCGGCAAGUAUAUAUACAAAUUCCUCGUGAACGGCAAGGACUGGUUGUGCGCCCGCACCAUGCCAAUCGAGAGGGACAAAAGCGGCCAGGAAAACAACGUGCUCGUGAUUAGUUGAAUGCAUACUGGAGUUGGGGAGGGGGGGCGUGUUGUUGGUAUUGUGUUGUUGGUUGUUUGGCCCCUGUUGUGUGGUUGCCCCUGUGUCGUGGGUGAGGGUAGGGCGUCACUGAUCGAUCAAUAAGUGUGUCUCAUAGCGUGUCUCACCAUGCAUAUUCAGGCUAGGUGCGUUCGUGCAUCUAACGCUCUACAUGUGGAACUGAGGUCCUACCUACUAUGAAAGGCAGACAGUCAGC